GAGGCAGACCGUGAAACUACAGACAUCAAUCACAUGAACAGAUUACUGACUGAGACGGACCUCUGGUGCUGCUGAGGGACAAAAUGUGGCAUCGAGACGAGCUUUUGAAAUCCAUAUGGCACGCAUUCACAGCCCUGGACGUGGAUCAACGUGGAAAAGUUUCCAAAUCUCAGUUAAAGGUGCUGUCCCACAGCCUGUGCACAGUAAUGAAGAUCCCUCAUGACCCUGCGGCCCUUGAAGAGCAUUUCAAAGAUGAUAAUAAAGGGCCUCUGUCCAACCAGGGCUACAUGCCUUACCUCAACAGGUUUAUUCUUGACAAGGUACAGGAGGAAUUUGAUGUUCUGGAGUUCAACAAGAUGUGCUGGACACUUUGUUACAAGAAAAAUAUCUGCACUAAACAUCUACUCAUCUCGGAUCAGGAGGCUUUCAAAGUCUGGUGCAUUUUCAACUUUCUGUCAGAAGACAAAUACCCACUCAUCAUCAUUACUGAAGAGAUUGAGUACUUCCUGCGAAAGCUGAUGGAGGCCAUGGGGAGUGGAUGGAAUGAGGAGAAAUUUGCAGAUUACAAGCUGCAGCUGAACAAAAAGAAUAAUUGCCUGAGUGCCUGGGAACUGAUUGAACUGGUGGGGAUGGGUUACUUCAGCAAGGGCAUGAACUGCCAGACCCUCUCCAUGGGCAUCACAGAGGUCUUCCUGGAACUCAUUCUGGAUGUGCUCAAGCAGGGAUACAUGAUGAAAAAGGGCCACAAAAGAAAGAACUGGACCGAGCGCUGGUUUGUCCUUCGACCCACUUCACUGUCAUACUACGUUUGUGAGAACCUUGUGGAGAAGAAAGGAGACAUUAUUUUGGACCGAACCUGCUGUGUGGAGUCUCUGCCAGAUAAAGAAGGGAAAAAAAACCUGUUCAUUAUCAAGUGUAUUGAUAAAAGCUUUGAGAUCAGCGCAUCGGAUAAAAAGAAGAAACAGGAAUGGCUUCAAGCUAUUCAAACGUGCAUCCAGCUGCUGAGGUUGGGGCUGCCGUCUCCUCACCGCGAGGCGCGGUUGAGGCGCCGGGAGCUCCGGCAGAGGCAGCAGUCGGAUGAAGACGACCUGGCAGAGAGGAUGAAGCACCUCCAGGCGGCCAAUGAGAACAAACAGAGACAGCUGGAGGGUAUGAGGAAGAAAAUGGAAGAGGCUGCGGCUAAAGCAGCAGUAGAGGAGCACAGGAGGAAGCAGACUCAGUUAGACCUGCAGGAUCGCUACAGACUGGACCUGGAGAAAGAGAAAAUGGUGCGUCAGCAGAUGGAGGAGCAGGUGGCUCAGAAGUCCAGUGAACUGGAGCAGUACCUGCAGCGCGUCCGGGAGCUGGAGGAUAUGUACCACAGGCUGGAGGAGGCAGUGGAGGACGAGAGGCAGGCCAAGCAGGAUGAAGAGACCGUGCUCAAGCUGCAGGCCAGGUUGCUGGAAGAGGAGACAGCAAAGAGAGCAGAACUGGAGCAGAUCCACCUGCAGCAGCAGAGGGUGCUGUCUCAGACUGAGGCCGAGAAGCAGGAGCUGGUGGUCGAGCAGCAGGCCAAGGAGAGAGCCUUGCAGGAAGCCAUGCUGCAGCUGGAGAGGAUGGAGAGGGAGCGCCACGGAGCACUGGAGCAGUACGAGAAGGUGUCAAGGAAGCUUGAACGAGCCGCUAACAAGACCAGGACCUGGAAGGACAAGGUGGCCAAACAUGAGGGGCUGGUGCGUCUCAUCCAGCCAGGCCCUAAAGGACCUCAGAGAAUCACUAACUGGGGUCCGGCUUCAUUCACCGACGCUGAGCUGGAGCUGAGAAAGAAGUCGUGGCAGGAGAGUAAGAACCAGGGGGCUCAGACUCAGUAAAACACGCACCAUGACAGAUGGAUUACACCAAUGAGGAAGACUGAACUGUCACAUUUGAGGUCUGAAGAGGUUUGAUAAUGUAAACGUGCUGAGCCACGUGACAGCUGCAGAGAAAACUGUUUUACUGAUUAGAUUUGGGUUUGUUUUUAAAGAACAGCUGGGUUUAACUGCCUUUCAUCAGUGUUUUCUGUUAUAAAAAAGUCAUAUUAUUUGACAAAUUAAUCUUAAAUCAAGGUCCAUUACUUGCUUUUCUUAGCAUAUCCAGUUUGCUCAGCUGUCUUGGUGAUUUCUUUUGUUCAGUCAAGUUUUUUAUUUUGUAAUUUCAGUCCAUGUUUUUUGUGUUUUGACAUAAAUGUGUAAUUUUCUCACAUCUAGCAUAGCAUAACAGUAGAUUAAUUUCCACUCUAGCUUGGUUUACUAGCUAAAAUUGAGUGAACACUGUCAUAACUCUGAUGAAAAAUAAAUAAAACACCACCUAUUUUUUAUGAAAGUAGACGGCUGUUUUCAUUUUAGAGGUCCCAACAUUUCAUAGUUUAAAGAGCAUCUUUUUACUUCUGUCUUUAAUUCUUUGGGUGGUUUAGACCUUGCUUUCACCAUGACUCAUUUUGAUCAUGAUAAAGAGUGUCCGCCAGGUGUCACCAUUUAAACGGGAUCCUCAACAAGGUAUACCCCAAGCCAAAACCCUGUCAAACAGUCUUCUGUUGUUUAAUUACAAGAAAUCCCUGCAUGGAAGACAUUUUUAAGAUGUUUUAAGAGCCCUAGUGUGUCUCCACCAUUGGGUUAUGAUGAUGGUGGCUUCUGCCAUCUUGUCCAGUGCAUACAGUAUGUUUUGUAAUUUUCACUAGUAAAGAAUAAGUCUGGUGUUAUUCUGACCAAAAUCAACCGUGUUAGUCCAUCUCUAAACACCUUCUGACUUCUCUAUUUGUUCCAACUGAGGAUGUAAAUCUUAUAUCAGGUCACAUACAUAGUUUACAUUUU